AUGGACAAUAACCAAGCCACCACCCUGAGCAGUGCUUCUGCCGCUAACGCACCUGACACCGCGACGUUAGACAAUGGCAAGUUCAAGGCUGCGCAGGAUUCUACCGCGAUAGAUGUGAGCAUGGACGAAGGUGAAAGCGAUGAGAGUGAAAAUGAAGACAUUAUGGAAGAAGAAGAUGAUGAUGAUGAUGAAGACAAACUCGAGCCAAUCUCUGCCGACAACAUUAUUCGUGGCGAGCGAAGGACACGCGGAAAGAUCAUCAACUUCCAGGAAGCCGCCAAAAAGCUCAAGGAUGAUGAGGGUGAGGAUGAUGAAGAUGAUGAGGACUUUACACUUGAAGAUAAUGGCAACAACAACAUGCGAGAUUAA